AGCCAACGAAGUUUCCAUCUCUUCUAGUAACGUUAUUCGGGAAUUGUGCUUUAUAAAGGCGCUGAAAUCGCAACGAUGGCGCUUCGACUGUUCCGCAUGAGCCAAGAUGUCGUAACUCCGUUGAUCAAACGUAACUGUGCCGUAUCGGCGUUCGAGCUCCAGCACAAAAACCCCGUCCAGCGAAAGGUGGAACAGAUCCCCAAGGCACAGUAUGGUGGCCGACACACUGUUACAAUGCUUCCAGGUGGCGGAAUCGGUCCCGAACUUAUGAGCUAUGUACGAGAGGUAUUUCGGUUCGCUGGAGUUCCGGUGGAUUUCGAAAUCGUCGACAUCGACCCAGCCAGCGAGGGAAACGACGAUCUAGAGUAUGCCAUCACGUCGAUUAAGCGUAACGGCGUCGCCAUCAAGGGUAACAUCGAAACGAAGUCGGAGGCGACUGGCAUCUUGUCGCGUAACGUAGCCCUGCGUAACGAACUCGACUUGUUCGUUAACGUGCUGCAUUGCAAAUCGUUCAACGCGAUUCCAGCACAUCACCAAAAUGUGGAUGUUGUGAUCGUGCGACAGAAUACCGAGGGCGAGUAUGCCAUGCUCGAGCACGAAAGUGUGCGCGGCGUGGUGGAGAGUAUGAAGGUGGUGACGGUGGAAAAUGCCGCCCGAGUGGCAAGAUUUGCGUUCGAGUUUGCCAAGAACAACAACCGCAAGAAAGUGACCACUAUCCACAAGGCCAACAUCAUGAAGCUGGCCGACGGGCUGUUCUUGAAGGUGGCCCGUGACAUCGCCAAAGAGUAUCCGGACAUACAGCACAACGACAUGAUCAUCGAUAAUUGCUGCAUGCAGCUGGUGUCGAACCCACAUCAGUUCGACGUUAUGAACACAACCAAUCUUUAUGGAAGCAUCACGUCGAACGUACUCUGUGGUUUGGUUGGAGGAGCCGGUCUAUUUUCCGGCCGCAACUAUGGUGAUCACUACGCCGUGUUUGAACCAGGCACCCGCAACACAGGAACGGCUAUCGCUGGCAAAAACAUUGCCAACCCUAUUGCCAUGCUUAAUGCAGCCGUAGACAUGCUGUACCACUUGGGACACCGGUACCAUGCAGACUGCAUCUCCGACGCCAUUCACAAGACGGUUGAUAUCGAUGGGGUGCACACACCAGAUCUCGGCGGUAACAACACGAGCACGGAUAUCGUUCAGAACGUUCUGAAGCAUCUAGCCGAGAAGAGAACGUACUGGAGUGCAAUUAAGGGUAAUUAAAGAACUACGUGCCAGAAGAAACCGAUUGCAGCAUGUGGCUGGUUAAGUGGCAUGGCAUGUUUCACGAGGCACCUUACACGUAACAGCACCAGCACAAUGGAUGUUUGACAAAGCGAAGCUUAUUGAAAAUUAAAGCACUUCGUCACUUAAUUACAAUUAUUACUUUGCACAGAGAUUAAAAUUAAAAAUUGACGACUGCGCCGGAAUGGUAUUGUAAUUGCACAAAGUUUCACGCGCAACUCACCGCACUGUGGUCGUAUAUGCAGCUAAAUUGUAACUGUCCCUUUACACUGCUUUCUAUUAGCUUCCUUGCACUCAGGCUUUUGCACAACGUACGCGAAUAGUGUGUUACCUAUCUUGUUAGCUUUUCUCUUCACCGAUAUUUCCCUCAUCGUUUAUUUUUCUAACAGGUUCCCGGCGUAUGCGUAUAUGUGAGAAGUUAAGCUAAAACUGAAAUAAACCCUAAACCAAAGCCUUCCCAACCAUAGUUUUCUCUAACUGUCUCCAUUCACAAUCCGUUCUAUACCGGCCCAUAACAUCUGACCCAUGCGCCACCUAAUCGACAUUUAGUGUUUGUGCAGGAGUCUUUCCUUGGUGGAUGGUGUUAUGUUCUACUCUCUGGUGGAUUUGUAACAAGAAAAACAUAAACCGGCAAUGUGCACUAUAGAAUUGGAUAUACAUUAGCGGGCAGUGUAUUCUUCAAAUGUUGGCAAAUUACGUUACAUAAAACUCGAUGAAAUCAAAAUUACUUUGCAAUUAAAAAACUUCCAAAUCACUUCCACCGGCGUUUCGUACUCGUUUUUCGGUUUUUACAUUCUAAGCAUUCAUCCUUGCGUGAAUUACUGAACCGUGCGUGAGUGUGUACUGUAUUGUAUUUUUGUAGGAUAUGUUGUUAUUAUGCUCUCUAGUUUCACUGCACUUUUAAUGUUUUCUCUACAUAAACAAUGUGCAUCUUACCGCUUGUGUUGGGAGCGGAAUAGGCACCAAAAUGCGGUUGAGUUACACCUGCUUUCGAACCUAUCCGAACAUGUUUGCAGCAAUACGCUCUAUGUGAGAUGCGUUGAGGAUUAAGAAAAUGCAGUAGCAUAAGCUAAGCUGAACAUUUAAGUGAUGUAAACGUGUGUGUGUAUGUGUGGAUGUGUAUAAUUUUUUCCCAACUGCAACAUAUUCGAAUUCGUUCAUACCGUAAAUUGUCAUUUCUAGACUUGAGGAAAAAUGAAACAUUUCCUGUUUUAGUGAUCUUCAUGCAUAAUUGCGUUAACGAUCAUUCGUCAGUUGUCUUGUAUGUUUGGUGUGUGUGUUUGGGUGGGCCAUGUGAUUUGAAUGAAUGAGAUUAAAUUACAUUGUUUUAAAAAUACGUACCAGAUACUUCAUUGCUGAUAAGCAAUUUUCCGUUACAUAUAUAUUUUUUUGUCGAAAAGUGAGCUUACUAUGUAAUCAAAACAAUAUUAGUAACCAUGUGAAAAUGUUAAAAAGUGAAAUUGGCUCUCGGAACAAAAGUUUGACCAUCAAAUGGAUGAUUUCUGCAAUUUUUUGAAAUUUUCUGUUUUAUAGACUCAACGCUCACUUCUCUGACUAUGAUGAUCAUUGUGUGCAGUCUUUGAUGAAUUGAACUUGUAUAUUGAUAUUUUCCUUUUCUUCUGUUAUUCGUUAAUCUCACGGAAAUUGUAAAUGCGUCACCGCGACUACGGCUGCUGUCUGUGCGAAUCAUACAGAAAGUGGGCCUUAUCAACGCCUUUGAUACCUGGUUGGUAUCCACCGAGUAAAGGACACACGCUUCUUUGCGGGGCGCCUAAAUUUUUAGCCAUCAGCAUUCAAGGGUCCGAAAUUAAGUACCGCACUUUAUUUGUGUUAAAUUUCUUGAGAUAUUUCGUACAAAUCUCAUUUGUUGCGAAAGCAAAUGAAAUGCAAAAAGUAGCAAGCAGAUUAACUUCUCUGCUGGAGAUGAGAUGAUCGCAUUCUUAUUAUUUCGGCUCGAGGUCCAUAAUUUGCAACAGAGAACUAAAUUACAUCAAAAGUAUUACGCAAAACACAGAUUGUUGUACCAAAGCAAACGAUACGAUAAUAAAAUGAACCAUAAAUUAGUGGUUUGUGGCAAAUAGAUGAAACGUGUUGAACGGAUUCCUAAUUUUAUGUAAUCGACAAACGCGUAAGUAUGAUUCAUAGUGAUUUGGAAUAAAACAAAAAGGUAUCAAUAGCGUUAUAAUACAUCGCGAUAAGCAUAUUGCUUUUCAUUCAUUCAAAUAAAU